CGACACACUCCACGUGACAGAGAGGAAGAUCCAAUGGUCAUCUGAGCGGUCAAUAGGGAAGAUCAGGGCAGAAUGGAGAUGACCAAGAGCGUAUAUCGACUUUUAGACUCUGGUGGAGGAAAUAGACCAUCUUCAGACCAACAUGAAGAAGCAGACGCCACAGAGGUUGACAUCAAGACUCCAUACUCUGGACAGAGGCAGGAAGGCCCAAGUCCUCAACAUUCUGGACCCUGGAAAAGCAUAGCUAUGUGUUUGGGUUUACUGUGUGUUGUCCUGCUGUCUGGCAUCACGGUUCUCAGUUUCGAAGUGAGAGGGAUCAAAAUCAGCCACAACAAUCUGAUGAAAGGAACUACUCAGUCACAGGCGAAUAGCAGUAACCUGAGAAGUGAGACAGCACAGCUUCAAGAUUGUCAUAAUCUCUUGAGUGACAAAAAAUAUAAUUGGCAAGACAAAUGCAACAAGCAAAACACAGAAAUAAUGCAAUUACAGGGAGAUUACAAGAAUCUGGACAGAGCAAAGUCACAGUUACAGAACAAAUAUGACGACUUGAAUAGAGAGAAGUCCCAGCUACAGGCCAGUUACAACAAUCUAAAUUCAGAAAAAUCACAGCUACUAGACCGUUAUAAUGACCUGAGUAGUGAGAAAUCCCAGUUACAGACCAGGUACAACAACCUGACUUUAGAGAAAUCACAGUUACAGGACAAAUAUAACAACUUGAAUAGAGAGAAGUCCCAGCUACAGGCCAGUUACAUCAAUCUAAAUUCAGAAAAAUCACAGCUACAAGACAGUUAUAAUGACCUGAAUAGUGAGAAAUCCCAGUUACAGACCAGUUACAACAACCUGACUUUAGAGAAAUCACAGCUAGAGGGCAGACUCAACACCACAGCUGCUGAGAAGGACGAACUACUGAGGAGAUUUUGUAAAGCAAGGGGAGAUGUUACUCGGUAUGCAGUGGAAAUGGCUCUGGAUCCUGAUACUGCCGAUAACCAUCUCACCCUGUCUGCUGAUGGGAAGCAAGUGGUUCGUGAAAACACGAGACAGCAUCUCCCCUACAGUGCAAAGCGGUUUCUGUACUAUGCUGUCCAGGGAGCACAGGGCUUCUCCUCAGGUAGAUCGUAUUAUGAGGUGCAGGUCAGUGCGAGCAGGAGCUGGGAACUGGGAGUGGUCAGAGAGUCCUGUAACAGGAGGGCAGUAGCCUCGGACAGGAAUCCAAACAAUGGCUACUGGAUAAUAAAGAGGUCUGAGAGUUCAUAUAGGGCAGGUGCGGUGCCCUCUGUUCUCCUCUCCCUGGAAGAGGACCCAGAGAGGGUGGGGGUGUUUGUGGAUUAUGACGCAGGUUUGGUCUCGUUCUACGAUGCAGACACAUGGGCUCUGGUCUACUCUUUCAAACGGGUCUCCUUCAGGAAGAAAAUGUAUCCCUACUUGUAUGCUGGUGAUUCUUUUCCACUGAGCGUUGCCACUCCAGUCUCUUGUGUUAAAUAGCACACAUACAAAUGUAUCUCUUGUGUUCUAUACUUCAAAAGUGAUGUUUUGACUUCCCAUUACAACACAUUUACUCCCUCUUGUGUCCUCUGUCAAUCAUUACAACAAAACCUUUAUGAAAUUGUUGUUUCUAUUGUUCUCAUUGUAUCCACAUUACUAUUGUCCUCAUUGAAAUGUUGCUGUACCAACUACAACUCAAUUUUAUGAUGAAAGACGAUUCAUGAAUGUAAAGUUUAAAUUGCUUGUUUUUAUUUUUUUAAAUUUUUUUUCAAAUUUCACUGAGUAAUAACAGGUUUUUAACAAUUGUUUACAUCAUGGGACAAAAUGUCAAUGCUGCAAACUGUCUUUCAGACCUUAACAAAUAUUAAA